AUGACGGACAGCGAGGACGAAGAAAUGGCAGAUGCAGAUGAUGACGACGAGGAUACUGAUCUUAAUGAACACAAGCAUGCAGGUCAUCCUUUGAAGCCAGGUAUUGCUGUCUCUCUCCCUGCGUUCGCGCUGAUCCCGAGUGUGCUGCAGGAGCUCAAGACAUUCCCUUCAUACUCUGCCAGAUCCACCAUCAGCCACACCUUCCGACUCAAGGCGUGUUUUCCCACUGCUCGGGGUUCUUCCAGUCACCAUCUUUUCGUGUCCGCUUUCAUGCUCGCAUCAAAAUCCUGGAGUAUUGUGACGCAGGGCAUGUUCCAGCUGCGCGAAAUUAACCAGAUGGAGCGCGAGAUGUGUCAGUAUCUGGAUCCUUACCCGACUUACACUCUCCCUUCCCCCUCAAAGACAACCCCUCCUCCUACCACAGAUCCCUUUCCAUCUCCUCCAGCUGAUUUGGCGCCCACGCCUUCAUAUGGCCAUCAUUAUCCUUCACCACCAAAGCCUCCAUACUCUGCCGGGCCCGCCAUCAGCCACGCCUUCAUAUCACCAUUGCUAACCUUCGCUGCCCUCGUUUUGCUCCAGCGACAGAGCGCGAGAUGUAAGGAUUUCGUAGGUCAAGGACCUUACCCAACUUACACUCUCCCUUCCCCCUCAAAGACAACCCCUCCUCCUACCACAAAUCCCUUUCCGUCUCCUCCAGCUGCUUUGGCGCCCACACCUUCAUAUGGCCAUCGUUAUCCUUCACCACCAGGGCCUGCUUUUCCUCCAUACUCUGCCGGACCCGCCAUCAGCCACACCUUCAUGAUACUUCCUACCUCCUUCAGUCACUUUCACAAUGUGCACCCCGGCGUAUGGCGGAUUGCACUGCUCAUUAUCAGGUACAUCAUGGCCAUCAUCAUCAUUAGAAUUUUCAAUCCUAGCCUCUUACACGCUCGUUUUCUGAGUCACCUCUACCUCAAUCUCUUAUUUUACUAA